AAGUAUACCACAAAUAUUAAACAUAUCUGUGGAUAGGUAUACAUAUGUCGCGAAUCUGUCGCUUCGGUACCUAAGCACUAUUAUUACCCAAGCCGGGCGCGAGAAGAUAGAUCAAGAGAUCUGAACCAAAGUUGGUGUACAAAAAUCUUGCUCCCCCAUCUAAGAUGGGAAUACUUUCCAGCCCAUUACGUUCCCGCGAGGGUCGCCAAUCCCAAUUACCUCUUUACGAAAAUGUACAUUCGACGAGCAAGGAACGAGAUUCAAACGACUCUUACGACUAUUCUUCUACUUCAUCCCCUGACACCAAUGAUUCAAAAUUCACAAGCGCUUCCACUUCAGCAACCCCCAUCAUGCCCAAGAGAUCAUUUCCAGUUCCUCGCAAACCCCGCCAACCGCUCAGCUACCGUCUACCAAACAAGGUUGUCCGGUAUCUUUGCUUUGGCUUAAUCUUUUUUAUUCUCUCCAUGGUAUUCUCCCUCAUCCGGGCGAGCCACAAUGAGAACAGGGCUCUGGCAGAAGGUAGGAUCGACAGGCCUCCUUCCACGCCUCCUUCGUGGGAGAAAUACCCAUUCCUUACGAGAUAUUACGGUGGUAUUAGGAAUUUAGUACCUUUCUCUCAAAAUACCCCCGAGUAUCCCCGGUCCAAAGAUGAACAGCCCAUCGACAAGUUGUCCUAUGUCAACACCACCAACUUGAAGUCUGACGUCGACGAGCGGAACUUGCCUGCCAGCAAGGAAUAUAUUCGGUACCCUACAAGCGUCUUCCAACAAACUCCUGAACAGUUUCAGGAAUGCUUCAUCGACAAGGCGAACAAAGUACGUGUGCCUCCUAUUCGCUACUACGAGGGUCGUCCCAACGGUUUCCCCGAACCGGUACUUGGUUCCUAUGAGCUCCUAGGUCUUCCCGAGGAUAUCUGCUUCGAGCGCUAUGGCCGGUAUGGACCAUAUGGUUUUGGCUAUUCCGUCAGGUCUGGUGGUCUCGGCACUGGGGAACACGGUGAAAAAGAAGGGUUCGAGGCUACCUGGGAAAAAGUACCCCAAGUCGACUGGAAAGGCACAGACUGGGCGGAUGUUCAGAGACGGUGCUAUCAGACAAAUGCUGCGCGUUAUAAGAAAGUACCCCCCAGGCAGCCUUCUCCUCAUGGAUUCUACAUCAACGAGGAUAUUGCUACCACGAAGCUCCAGUCGCGAGACUCUUCGGUUUCCGAGUCGUCCAAGUCGCCAGCCGAUAAGACAGACAAGACAGACAAGUCAGCUGAUGAAAAGAGCUCGGUUUCAACCCCUCAAAGUGCAUCAACAGGGAAACAGUUACCAAGGACCGCUGUAGUUAUCCGAUGCUGGGAUGAAUACUUCUGGAGGGAAGAGGAUAUCAUGAACAUCCGCUCCCUGAUCAGCGAGUUGGUGCUGGCAUCCGGCGGUCGAUAUGAUGUUCAUCUGCUCGUUCAAGUCAAGAAUGACGCCGCACACCCAAUUUGGGCAGAUGCAGAGGUGUACCGACGACGAAUUGAAGAAACCAUCCCGGAAGAAUUCCGGGGCAUUGUAACGUUCUGGACGGAAACACAAAUGCUGUCGCUCUACCAGGGAAUUUUCGAUCUUUUUGCUCGUGGCCCAGAUCUGCCCGUUCACGGCGUCUACCGUGGCUUGCAAAUGGCUAUGCAACAUUUUGCCUAUUUACAUCCAGAAUACGACUAUUACUGGCAGUGGGAGAUGGAUAUUCGAUAUAUCGGCCAUUACUAUGACCUGUUUACUAAGAUAGAGAAAUGGGCAAAGGAGCAGCCCCGAAAGGGUCUCUGGGAACGAAACGCCCGGUUUUACCUACCUUCUGUCCAUGGAACUUGGGAGGACUUCAAACAGAUGGCACGUGUGCAGACCGAAAUGGGCACUACAGGUGCCGAUAACAUUUGGGAUAAUGUUCCUGGAGCCAACAAGCAGGCGCAGUCUGGUCGUGGCGAAAAGCCUAUUUGGGGACCUGAAAGACCCAAAGAUCCUAAAGACUGGUUUGAGCCGGAUGAUGACCCCGUGCCGGAGACAACCUACAAAACAGAUAAAUAUGUAUGGGGAGUUGGCGAAGAAGCUGAUUAUAUUACGUUCAAUCCCAUGUUCGAUCCUGAAGGCACUACUUGGGGUCUAGCCGACGACAUUACUGGUUAUAAUACCACAGGUGGCAAUGGAAUGCCACCUCGCAGAGCUCAGAUCAUCACAGCAUCGCGCAUGUCUCGCCGACUGCUCUUGAAGAUGCACCGGGAGACUGCCUUCCUAAAGCAUCAUGCUUUCCCAGAAAUGUGGCCCGGCACUGUCGCUUUACAGCAUGGUUACAAGGCCGUAUUUGUACCACAUCCUCUUUACGUGGACCGCGAAUGGCCUACGAACGUCUUCGAGAGAACACUCAACAAUGGCAAAAACGGAGCUACCGGAGGAUCCCGUACAUCUGUCUUCGGCCAGCGUGAGCAUAACCUCAUAGGUCUCACUUGGUUCUAUAACUCAGGUUUCGCACCCAACUUGUAUCGCAGAUGGCUUGGGUUGAAGGUCAACAAUGAUGGAGGCGAGGAAUUUGAGUUGACUGCGGACGAGAGCAAGAACGGCACUAGCGUCAAUGAAAUGCGUGGCGGAGAGGGGAGAAUGUGUCUACCGCCCAUGUUACUUCACCCAGUGAAGGACGUCGAGUUGCCGGUUGAAGCCAACCCGGAAGAACAGCUCGAGAUUCCGGAAUCUGACCCCGGCGCUUGAGCACAGUAAAUACGUAUUG